GGGGAGGAGGAGGAGGAGGGGGAGGAAGGCUGCCGUCUGAGAAAGGUGCUAUGAUUCUGCUGGAGCCAGGACAUGAGCCUCCUCUUCCUCCAGUGUCGCAUUGUGUCGCGGGACGGAAAGGUCCGGGCCGGCAGAGCUCUUUGGCUUUCUUACAGAACCGACUGCCUGACCUCCAGGAUCCCUGCGGGUCCAGGGUUGCUGACAGAGCUGUGGUCAGGGGCCUUCUACCUCUGGAGCUGAGAGAUUUGCAGAACGGCGAAUUUGUCGGCAGCCUGAUCCUGGGUCCUGAUGGAGAAAUCAUUCAGCUGUCUCUGUACGACAACAACAGCCAGGAUCCAUCUCAGGUCGAUGAUGGAACACAACGGCAAGCUCUCCAGGUUCUGUCAACAGACGGAGAGACGUUACCCUGGAUCAUUGUGCUGCAGCCUGAGGACUCACACAGAGACGGAGCAGUGGAGCUGAACACAGAUGCUCUUGUAAGUAACGUGCAGCAGCAUCUACCCACACACAAGGGAACAGAAAGUCACGGGUCUGUGGGUCAGUUUGCUGCACGGGAGCGAAGACUCAGAACCAAACAGUUCCCAGACGUCCAUGGCUCGACUGACACAUGUUCACCCACCAGCCCAACUGACUCAGUGGCUGUGCCCCUGAAAAAAACAAAAAGUGCAGUAGCAGGUACGGAAACAUUAACAAAACCAAAGAAGGAUGUGAGAAACAAUGUUAGGAUGCCUCCACUGAAGGAGCAGAGAGGAGGCGACGCUGAGGCGGAGGAGGAAGAGGAGGACAGGACAGGACAGACUGGACAUUUGUCUGCAUCACAGCGACCAGAUCAGUCCAGAAAGAAGCAUCAUGAUAAAGAUGAAACGUUUGGCAGCGAGCAGAACAUCAGACCAACUGAUGCAACAGCAGAAGAAGCUGUGGACAGAAGGAGGAGGAAUAUUAAGAGGAAGGGCGCGGAGGAAGCUGCAAUAACCACCGGGAAAAGUGGUAAAACUGCAGAAUCAGAGGGACAGAAGACAUCAGGCAGAGACAGAGGACGGCAGAGACGAAAAACAGAAGACACUUCUCAACCAAUCAGGAGCCAGAAACCAGAGGAGCGGACAAACAGAGGAGCAGCAGAGACUCCUCCCUCAGCGGUGAGAAAUAAAGGAAACGAGAAAUGA